GCCUUGCCAAGCACAUGGACAUGGUGUCACAUGCCUUGGACGUACACGCUCACCGCGUGGAGGCGGAGACGUUGGCAAAGAACUCGGAUGCCGUGGCGGCAGCACUGGCGCUGCACCUUCACAUGCAGGGCGAUGUCGACAAGGCGCAAGCCAAUGCCGACACGCCUGUGGUGGCGGAGGCCCUGUCCCGGCAUGUCCGCCUUCUGGAGGAGCAAAGCUUCCAAGUCGCUUUCGCCCUCGCGGGCCACCUCCUGGAGCAGCCGUUGCAGGGCCCGGCCGAAGACAUA